UCGGCACUGCGAGACUAAUUGAGCGACCCUGACGCUCAAAACACCCUCAUGCGUGCGUUGUAGACAGCAUUGAAGGACGUCUUUUCAUAUUUCUACCUUCUUCCACACCGCGAGUGGUGCGCGACCUUUCGGCGCAUCCUACCCCUGAACUGUGCCUCUCCACAGCUGCUGCAGCCAUGACAGAGCGCGUUACCCGUUCCAGAACUGGGAAGACACCCAGUAAGCCCUUUAACCCCGGCUUCGUUGAGACUCCAGGCCGCAAGAAAUACACGCGCAAAUCCACCUUCACUGGCCUCAGCGAUGCCGAAAAUUCCACUCCUGAGCCUUUCACCUCCCUCACCGAGCCGGUCGAGAGCGGGUCCGCUGCAAAUGGCGGUAGCAAACAGAAUGGAGGCACGUACACCAACGGUUUCGCUAACGGUUUCGUCAAUGGCCACGCGAACGGCCACACCAAUGGCUCUGCGACUAAGGCGCCGAGGGAAGAGCUGAAGAAGAUAGAGAAUCCGGCAAUUGAUACCUCUGGGCGCUUCGAAUUCGGUGGCUCGUUUGGGGUGAGCGCCCUUAUGAUCCUCUUCCCGUCGAUAAUGUACUUCAUGUGGAUUGGCGCCAUCUUCUACGACGGAAAAAUUCCUUGGCCAACCGCAGACCAGAGCUUCAAGGAAUUCCUGCUGCACAUGGUGAGCCUCAUCAAGACCGAAGCGUAUCCAAGUAAUCGCGCCUGGUCCAUCUAUUGGUACUUCGGGCUCGUACAAAUGGCAUUCUACAUGUUGCUUCCGGGUGUCUACCGCAAGGGUAAACCACUUGCGCAUCUGAAUGGGCAGCAGCUGGACUACUAUUGCUCUGGAAUGUGGUCGUUCUACACAAGCAUCGUUCUCGGACUCGUGCUCCACUUUACAGGCGUAUUCAAACUAUACACUCUGGUGGAAGAGUUCGGGCCCAUCAUGUCAGUCGCAAUCAUCUCUGGCUUCCUCUGCUCCUUCAUAGCCUACUUCUCCGCCUGGGUUCGUGGAGCGAGGAUCCGGAUGAGCGGCUAUCCCGUGUAUGAUUUUUUCAUGGGCUCGGAGCUGAAUCCGCGUCUUUUCGGAAUCCUUGAUUUCAAGAUGUUCCUCGAGGUCCGCAUCCCAUGGUUUAUGAUGUUCUUUCUCUCUCUGGGUGCCGCUACGAAACAGUAUGAGGAGUACGGAUAUGUCUCUGGCGAGGUUUGCUUCAUUCUUCUGGCGCACUAUCUUUAUGCUGGUGCUUGUGCAAAGGGAGAACAUUUGAUCAUUACUACUUGGGAUAUGUACUACGAGAAGCUUGGCUUCAUGCUCGUCUUUUGGAACAUGGCCGGUGUUCCUUUGUCUUACUGCCAUUGCACGCUGUACCUCGCUACUCACCACCCUGACGAGUACCACUGGCCAACUUGGUUCAUCGCUCUUUUGAUCAUGGCCUAUCUCGCGGUGUAUUACGUGUGGGAUACCUGCAAUAGUCAGAAGAACCAGUUCAGGCAAGAGGAGAGAGGUGUCGUGGAGGAGCGAACCACUUUCCCCUACUUCAAAUACGGAAGGAUUAAGGACCCCAAGACGAUUACUACCAAGCACGGAAACAAGAUUCUUUGCGAUGGGUGGUAUGGCAAGGCUCGCAAGGUCCACUACCCUUGCGACCUUUUCUUUGCUCUUUGCUGGGGUUUGAUCACCGGUUUCAAGUCACCAUUUCCAUGGUUCUAUCCAGCUUUUUUCUCUGUCAUGAUUGUUCAUCGCGCUAUGCGUGAUAUCGAACGAUGCCGUGAGAGGUAUGGCGAAGCAUGGAUGGAGUAUGAAAGGAGAGUCCCUUAUCUAUUCAUUCCAUACGUUUUCUAAUUAUUUUCUUAUCAAUAUUCUGAGGGGAUUUUCAGCGAU